AUGCCUUUCAUCAAUAUCACACACAACGAACUAGCAUCCUAUAUAUUGAACUCAGCCAAUACCAGCAAAUUGAUUUCAACACCGUCUUUCUCUCUAUCACUCCAGUUUCUCAACAGCACUGAACCUCUUCUCCCGAGAAGACUUCACAGACUGCACCGUCGAGAUACAAGUCCUGGAAUUGUUGGAAUAGUAGUCGGUCUAGCUAUCUUGAUCACCAUCCUAGGAGCCAUCUUGUUCAGAUGGAACUGGAAUCACUUUAAACAAGCAAAGUCUCAAAAGGACCAGAAGCAGCAUAAGAAACAACACUACAUGCAUUCCCACAGUCAUCCUCAUCAACGCCAUCACUCUCACAGGCGACAUCGAGCAGUGGCUCACCACGACGCUGAUCUCGAAGAGAACCAACAAGGCUACGGGUCCGAACAAGAGGAGCAAACCCACCCCUUCCGACACCGCUCAGACUGUCAGCAUUUUAGACUUCAUCACAGACAGGAUCCUGCUCGCGAUUGGACUCCGCAACAGCCUGAACCUGCAUUUCAUCCUUGGGGUCGACAUCGACAACAGGUUCGCAUACCGAAUGAGAUGGAUGCGCCUCAGAGGUGA